AUGAAUAACACUAAUGAGCACACAAGUGAAAGUAAUUAUACACCUAAUUAUAAGUGCAAUGAUUUAUCUGAAGUAAGUUCUUACAAAGAUGAAAAUGUAAGAGUUUUAAGUAAGGAAAUGAUCAUUGAUAAAUAUAAUAUAAAACUUAAUAAUGAUAAAAAAUAUGACAUAAAAAAUAGAAUAUUAGAUAAUGAGGAAAUAAUAUCAGAUAAAAUAAAAAAUAUAAAUAAUAAAAAAAAUAGCAUAGAUUUUGAAUCGUUAAACGAAAGUAUUUUUAAUAUAAACAUUAAUUUAAAUGAAAAAGAUGAAGAAUAUGAAUCUAAAGAAGAUAAUAAUGAAGUAGAUGAACAAUAUGAAGAUAAAGAAGAUAAUGAUGAAGUAGAUGAAGAAUAUGAAAAUGAUAACGAAAGCAAAGAUAAAAAUGAGGAAGAAACAAAAAAUAAAAGAAAUGAUAAAAACGAUUACAUAAAAAAAAGGGAAGACAUUAAAAAGGAAAAAAUAAAAAAUUCUAAUAACUAUAAUAAUAAUGAGUAUUCUUCAUAUAAUAGCUUAGAUGAAGUAAAUCAAAUUUUAAAAAUAAAAAAUAGAAAUAUAUUGGAAAAAAAAAACAGAUAUACAUACAUUUUACAACAUAAAAAAAGAAUUAGAGACAAAAAAAAAGAAAAAAUAAACAUAGAAAAAAUAAAUAACCAUCUAAAAUCAAAUUACUUAAAAAUAAAUAAAACCUCAAAAGAAAAUGUUAAAAGAGCUAGUGUAGCUACUAUAAUGUUAGAAAAAUUUUCUAAUAGCGAUACAGAAUAUAGUGAUGAUAAUUCAUAUGAUUCUAAAAAUUAG